GAUUAACAUUGGCUCGGAAUUUGAUCCAAAUCCAAUAAAAUCGGAUUCACCAUGCAAAUGAGUCAUUUGGAACCAAAAAAAUCUCCAAAAAACAAGAAGCAAAAUCAAAUGAAUCCCAAAAGAGGAGAAAAUGGAUUAUAGGGUGGUCUCAUUCUUAUCAAGAUCCUCCACGCCCUCCCUUCCUCUCCCCUUAUUAUGGGUUCUCACUUUGAGCGUCGCGGCGGUGAUCUACGUGGCGGAGGCGACGGCGCCGUUCAACCUCUCCACCAUCACGUACGGCGAAGGGUUUUCCACACUUUUCAGCGAGUUCAAUAUCGAACGGUCCCAAGACGACAAGAUCGCACGCCUCAUCCUCAACCGUUUAUCUGGAUCGGGUAUAAUUUCGACAGAAUAUUACAGUCACGGAUUUUUUAGUGCUGGCAUUAAAUUGCCAUCAGAAUGCACCGCCGGGAUCGUUGUUGCAUUUUAUACAUCAAAUGUGGACACGUUUGAGAAGAAUCAUGAUGAGUUAGACAUUGAAUUUUUGGGGAAUAUAAGAGGGAAACCGUGGAGGUUUCAAACUAAUAUGUAUGGCAAUGGCAGUGUGUCGCGAGGCAGGGAAGAGAGGUAUCGCCUCUGGUUCGAUCCAACCAAGGACGUCCAUCAUUACACUAUUCUUUGGACUCCCAUCAAUAUCAUUUUCUACGUGGACGAGAUCCCAAUUAGGGAAGUAAGGCGUCACACCACAAUGGGCGGCGACUACCCAUCAAAACCCAUGUCUUUAUACGUGACCAUAUGGGACGCCUCCACAUGGGCCACCAACGGCGGCCGGAACAAGGUGGACUACAAAUACGAGCCCUUUGUGGCGGAGUUCCGUGACCUCGUUCUUGAUGGUUGCGUCGUCGAUCCCAUAGAGCAAAUCCCGUCGACCAACUGCACUCUCCGCCACGCCGCCCUCAUGGCGCAGCCCUUCGCCACCCUCACCGCCCACCAGCACCACUCCAUGAAAUGGUUUCGGGAAAAGUACAUGUACUACUCCUAUUGCUACGACGUCGUUAGGUACGCCGUGCCUCCGCCGGAGUGCGUCAUCGUGCAGUCCGAGAGGGACUUGUUUAAGUCUAGCGGUAGGCUGAGAGAGAAGAUGAAGUUCCACGGUAGCCACCGGAAGGCCGCUCACCGGAGCCCGAGGCGACGGGGUCGAGUUCCCGGAAGUGGCCAGCAGCUGGUAACGGAGAUGUAGCUUUACCAUAUAGACAAAUUUCUCAUAUAGAUAUUGUAUACUUCUCAUAUAGAUAUUGUAUACCAUUUAGAGAUUUUUCUCAUGUAGUAUAUAGAUAUAUAUUCUUGCCGUUUCAAAUUGAGUUCC